AUGCACGUCCAGUAUUUCUUCCUCCUAAGCAUUGUCCUCGCGUUGUGUUGUGUAGAAGGUAUUGAAGUGACCAACUCUACAAUUCGUCUCCCUGACGACACAGAACUUGUCUACGUGUUAAUCCGUAGUAGAUGUUAUGGGUGUUUAUGUUGGACAGAUCUCAUUUCAGAG